AUGUUGCUUUUACUAAUCUCACUUACAACAGCAAUAGAUGUCAGUUGUAAUAUUCCUUUUUGUCAAGAAUGCAAAGGAAAUCAAUGUUCACUUUGUAUGGACGGAUUUUUACUUCAAAAUGGUCAAUGUGUUUAUGGAAGAUCAGUGAUAAAACAUUGCAAAACUAUUAAAAAUAAUAAAUGUUAUAGGUGUUUUGAUGGGUAUCAUAUUCAUCAUGGAGAAUGUGAAAAAAAUGAUAUUUUAUGUGUAGAAUAUCACAAAGGACAUUGUCAAAAGUGUAGAGAAGGAUAUACAUUAAUUGGUGAUAAGUGUAAUAAGUGUAAUGUUCCAGGAUGUGUUGAUUGUGAUGGUGACGUAAACAAAUGUAAUUGGUGUUAUCAUCAAUUUUUAACAAUUAAUGGAUCAUGUAUUCAAUCUAUUGAUGCAUGUGAUACUUAUGUUAAUCCGUUAUUUGAAAAUUCACCUUGUUUAAAUUGCAGAGAGGCAUAUUGGAUUGAAGAUGGAAAAUGUGUUAAAUGUACUGAAUCUGAUAAAACAACAUGUGAAGGAAAAGAUAAGGACAGUUGCAGAAAAUGUAAUUCGGAUUGUUCAUUUGUUAAUGGAAAAUGUGAACUUACUAAUUGUGCUGAACAUUCUCUUCCAUAUGAUAGUAUUCCAUCUAAAUGUAAAAGAUGUAAACCAGGGUAUAUUCCUGUUGAUUUUGAAUUUUGUAAGAAAAGUGAUGGAUGUUUGAAAAAAGUGGGAGAUAAAUGUUCUCAAUGUUACGAUAAUUAUUUCUUAACGAAAGAUUUUUCGUGUGAACCAUGUGACGUUUCUUGUCAGACUUGUUCUAAUUCUGCUAAACAAUGUACGAGUUGUGUAAAUGAAGGAUAUCCACAUACCCAUGAAACUUGUGAAGUAUGUAGUGAUACUGGAUGUAGUAGUUGUGAAGAAAAUAAAGAUUUUUGUACUCGUUGUUAUGAUGGAUAUAGUGUUGAUGAAAAUGGAAAGUGUGUAUUAAAAUGUUUUGAAACUGAUGGUAAAGUUUGUACAAUUUGUCGUGAUAUGUAUGAUGGCAAAUACAAAUUUUAUUUACCAACAAAUGGUACAUGUGAAAGAUAUUCAGAAAUUGCUAAAAAACCAAAAGAAAAGAAGUGUGAGAAUGGUGUUUGCACUGAAUAA